AUCAGUGGCGAGAGAUGUUGAUGACAAACCCAAUGAUGGCCAUGAACCCUUUAUUGACAGCUUCAGGGCAGCAGAGGAUCCCACUGGUUCCCUUACCAUUUGGACCUCCAACUGCGGACAGAGAUGUAUUGCCUUCCACUGUAGCUCCAACUGAUCCAAGACAGUUUUGUGUUCCUUCCCAAUUUGGAUCCUCUGUUCUACCAAAUGCAAAUAUGCUGUCCAAUCGUGUCUACUCAGGUUGGGGCAUUUUACCACCAGAAUCCGUAAAGGCAGUGGCCAGAAGGAAUGAAAUGAUUCAAAGGCAUCAUACUGCCAGGACAGAAAUGGAAAUGUAUGCUAUUUACCAGCAAAGGAGAAUGGAAAAAGUUAAUGCCAAGGGCCUAGCGGGCCUGGGGGUGCCAUUCCUUUAUGGUUCCAGUAUCCCCGCGGGCCCAGCUGCCUACCAUGCCAGAAGCAUGCUCCCCACCAGCGACCUGCACUUCCACAGGAGCACCCUCAGAAACCUUCAGGGAAACCCCAUGCUGGUGGCAACUGGACCACACUUUACGGAGAGCUGGGGACAGAAAUGUCGUCGACUCAGGAAAGGUACAGGGAAUCAGAAAGUUCUGGACAGUGACACUGAGAGUUCCAAAAGUCAAACAGAAAAAAAACUCCUAGCCCAGACUCAUGCAUUUCCCUAUGAAGAAGAUCAGUAUGCAAAAGACCCGGAAAUUGAAGCAUGCGAUGAUCUGAAGUCAAGUGAAACCAAUGAAAAGCCAAGUAUGGCCUUUCCCGACCCUUGUGGAGAGUUCGAGCCAGCAUAUAGAAGACCCUGGGGAUCUCACGCUGCUGCCCUGGAAACAAAGGCAUGGGAUGGUGAGAAACAGGCUUCAGAACACGUGUUUGCAGACUGUGGUGAAAACAGUGGGAUUUGCCCUCCACUCCCUCCAUCGUCCCUGCCAGGAACACAUGCACUGGUUACAGCUGGGGGAAAUCUUUCUUUGGAUGAAGAUAUUCAGAAAUGGACUGUGGAUGAUGUACACAGCUUCAUUAGUGGCCUUCCAGGUUGCUCAGACUAUGCUCAGGUAUUUAAAGAUCAUGCAAUUGAUGGAGAAACUUUGCCAUUACUCACAGAAGAGCAUCUUCGAGGCACUAUGGGAUUAAAACUAGGGCCAGCACUAAAAAUUCAAUCACAGGUAUCUCAGCAUGUGGGAAGUAUGUUCUACAAGAAAAAUCUUUCACUUCCUACCCAUCCAAGACAAGCAUUAGAUCAACCAGCAGAUACAGCCCCUCUUAUGGAUUCUAAUUCCUGGAGUGAUCCACUGAGCAUUCCUUGUUCCCAGGAUAUGAUAAUUCCUAAAGGAAUUGAGCAAGAUGGUGUGAGAAAUUAAAAGCCCUCAAGGAGGAAGACAGUCUUUACCAGUUUUCCAAAGAGUCUAGGCUAUUACGAAGGGUGUGUGCGAUUUCCCA